GCUGGCGCUGAUUUAAGAACUCAUCAUCAACGCAUCGGGCUUCGUCAGACUUCAUCCGCGUUGGCCACAUCUGGUACCCUAUAAAUUUCUCGAGAAUACAUUGGCCGUUGUGUGAUAAGUGAAAUGUUUUCCUGAUAAGAAUUAUAAAAUGCGGAAGAAAUCAAUAAACAGUGGAAACGAGCAGAAGAAUAUAAGGCAGUCUGCGUACAUACGUAGUGGACAGAGAGAAAGUUCACCACAUUAUGUCCUUUUGUAUUCGGAUGAUGAGAAUAGUGGAGAUGAAGAAAAUAUACCUCUUAAACCACAAACUCAUACCAGUUCUCCUCCACGUAAAGUUGAGGUGAUAAAGAUUCAGAUAAAGCCAGAGGACACUUUGCAAGCAUUGGCUUUAAAGUACAGAUGUACGAUAUCAGAGUUGAAACGGAUUAACAACAUCCAUAAGGAAAACGAGAUAUAUGCGCAUAGAGUGAUAAAGGUUCCUAUACAACCAUUCUCCAUUCUUACUGAAACUUUAGCUCAGAAUGGUGAUGAUAGAAAUGUGGAAGUUGGAGAGCUAAUAAAAACAGAGGAUGGACCAAGCACAUCAAGAGAGGAGCAAAUAAUAAAUUUAAUAACUACACCUGUAACUCCUCUACCAGCGCCAAAGACAGAAAUUAACAAUAUUAUAUUAAAUUCAGUGUGUGAACCAUUGUCACAAUCAAGUCGCAGAGACUUAGUGGAAAUAGAAGAAUCAGAAUAUGAUCAGUUACUGAAUUGUUCAGAUGCUGACCAUGAAAAUGCUCCUGAAUCAUAUGUUACAGAUACAUUUAAGUGUUCCGGAGCAGACUGGGGUCUGUCCUGGCCUCAAUUAGUUGGAUGUUCAUUACUUUUAGGCUUUGCUGGACCCAUAAUAUAUAUUCUAUUUUUAACCGAGUAUUCUUUCAAACAUCACGAAACUGCAGGACACUGAUAUAAGAAAUUAAAGUUUUCUGUAUAAUAGUGAUAUCUGCCAGAGCAUUCUAGUGCCCUCGUGUGCUUUCCCUUUCAGAACAAUGGUUAUGCAGAAUCACGACGAAUACUAUGUGUAACUCUUACGUUUUUUUAAAGUGAUUUUAUUUCGUAAGGUUUAAAAACUUCAAAAAUUUUUCAAUUCCGACAAUUCAGUAAUGCAGAGUACUAUUGCAUUACAUCUAUAAUGUAUCAAAGAAAUAUUGUAUUCCUAAAUAAGAUUUUACACCGAAGUGCCUUAACGUUCCUGAACCGUUAUUGAAAAUUAAUUUAAUGGAAUAAGGCGCUGAUAUUAGAGAGGAUAUUGAUCUCUAAUGUAUCACAAUGAUAUAUUUAUUAACGUAAUACAUUUGUUGGGAAGUUUUUACAAAUAUUCGUGUAUCCUAGAAUGUAUACAUAUAUUUUUAUACAGUGAACAGCGUUCGUUUGCUGAAAGUUAUAGUAGAAGAAAAUAUAUUUUCAAAUAUUUAUUCA